UCAUAUUGCAAAAGUGGUCCAACAAAAGUCAUUUGAGACAAACCCAUAAAGUUGUAUAAAAAUGUCAAAAACAGAAUAAAGAAGAAAUUUUUCGAAUUGCAACGCAAAAUUUGAUUUAAAACAGAACGUCGCAAAAUCAAAACAAUGGCCGCAGAAAUAAAACCUGCACCACGUACAAAUGAUCGAUUCAGCACCACGAAGAAGCCAGAAUUGUUAAGUAAAUUAGAAGGUAGCAACGAUGACGUUAACCAAGCAUUAUUGAUACCGGGAGAAGAUGGAGUGAUAAGUGUAUCCGAUGAUAAAACGAUUCGUGUAUGGUUGAAACGCGAUUCGGGCCAAUAUUGGCCGAGCAUUUGUCAAUACAUGCCAUCCGGUUGUACGUCCUUGGAUUAUACUGCCGAAACGAGACAAGUUUUCAUCGGACAGGAAAACGGAACGGUUUCACAAUACACACUGUCCGAUGACUGCAAUCGUCUCACACUAAUCAAAGAUUAUUUGGCCCAUCAAGCUCGAGUAACGGCUGUAGUGUUUGCAAAACAUUCGGGAUUCAUUUUGUCGUGUGGUAGAGAUAAACUAUUUUCCUUCCAUUGCACGGAAACGUCACGUCGACUGGGUGGUUAUUCGUUUGAGGCUUGGUGCACUGCUUUGCAAUACGAUUCGCAAGCCAAAUAUGCAUUCGUAGCCGAUUACAGUGGUCAGAUUACAAUGCUGGGAAUUAGUGCAAACGGUGCACAGUUCGUCACAACUUUCAAGGGUCACAGUGGCUCCGUUCGAGCAUUAAGCUGGGUGGCUGGACCUCAAUUACUGUUCAGUGGUUCAUUUGAUCAGUCAGUUAUUGUUUGGGAUGUGGGCGGUAGACGAGGUACCGUUUACGAACUUCAGGGUCACACCAAUAAAGUAGCAGCUCUUGCCUAUGCCAAUUCGACACAACAAUUGAUCUCGGCCGGUGAAGAUUCGGUGCUCGUUUUUUGGGAAAUGAACGCAAUGCGGAAAGAGGUGCCUGAAUGGGUCGAAUCCGACACAUGCCAAUUGUGUACGCGACCAUUCUUCUGGAAUUUACGUGCAAUGAUGGAUCAACGGCAAAUUGGCAUUCGUCAACAUCACUGUCGUCAUUGUGGCAAAGCCAUUUGUGAUAAAUGUUCCGUAAACCGAAUCAAUAUUCCGAUCAUGGGUUUUGAAUUCGAUGUUAGAGUCUGCGAUGCUUGCUUCAAACAGCUGCAAACCGUUGAGCGACCGUCACUGGCCACAUUUCACGAUGUAAAGCAUAGUAUCGUCACUAUGGAUUUGGAUGAAGAGCGAAAGAAAUUGCUGACUGUUGGCCAAGAUCGUGUCAUUAAAAUUUGGGAUCUCUCAUCGAUUUGGACGUAGUGAUAAUGACAGAGGAAAGAAAAAAAAUGGAAAGUUGAUAAAUGAAUGAUGGCUUUAGUGAUACUAAAUCGAUUUAAUAAUGUAUAGGCACACGAGAGAGACAUUAAUAAUCAAAAUAAACAAAAAAAAUUAAAUCAACGCCAUAACAGGUCAACAUCUAAAAAUGAUGAAGAAAAAGAAAAUUUAACUAAAAUUUAACUACAUUGAAAUUUGAAGUGCUAACGCGUUUACAAGCAACGUGACUCACAAACUAUAAACAUCAAUGUCUCAUUAUUAUAUUAUACAUAAAAAGUAAAAUACAAAACAAAAUUAUAUUUAAAAUUGUCUAUAGAAAAAGAAAGAAAA